ACUUCUGGCUGCUAGUUGCGUACUUUAGCCUGUCAUAAAUUUCUAAAACUAAAUUGCGCAGAUAGCCCUAAGCGCGCCAACCAUCGUAACCAUCGCCAUAGCUGAACUCUCCCAGAAACCCUGAUAAUGUCUUCUCUUUAUCCAAAACCCUAACGAAAUCCAAACUCAAAUUGACACAAAACGAAAUCAAAACGACAAUGUUACUCACCUCGCAACGCCUCUUCGCAAAUUCACCUUCUCGACCUUUCUACUUCAUCACCCCCAUUAAGCCCUCUCUUAAAAACCCUAAUUUUCCCCCCCCAAUCCUCCCCCUCCACUUCACCAAUUCCUUACUUUUACAAAAUUUCCCCUACAAACCCCAGUACCUUCUCAGCUUCGGUUCAAAAUCCUAUAGUUUUCCUAUCAGAGCCUAUCAAUCCGAUGACGCAAUAAGCCCACGGGAAGGUUCUGAUGCUUUCAAUCUCGAUGCUUUUCUCUCAAUUGCUGAAUUAUUGUGUAUUAUCUCGUCGGCGAUUAUUACAAUAAGUUAUGCAGUGAAUUCUACGGUUUUAAGCUCUAGAAGGACGGUGUUGGGGGUGAUAGGGAGUAACGGGGCGUUUGCUUGGGGAUUGGUGGUGAUGGUGAGUGGCAUGGUGAUUGGUGCAUGGAUUAGGAGGCGUCAGUGGCUUCGGUUCUGUAAAGUAACAGUUAGGGAGGGUAGAGAGAGUGUGAAUUUGGUAGAUAGGAUUGAGAAACUGGAGGAGGAUUUGAGGAGUUCUGCCACGAUUAUUCGAGUCUUAUCUAGGCAGCUUGAGAAGCUGGGGAUUCGGUUUCGGGUAACAAGGAAAGCUUUGAAAGAGCCCAUUGCUGAGACUGCAGCUUUGGCACAAAAGAAUUCUGAGGCUACCCGAGCACUAGCUAUGCAGGAAGAUAUCCUAGAAAAGGAGCUUGGAGAAAUUCAGAAGGUUUUGUUGGCAAUGCAGGAACAGCAACAAAAACAAUUGGAGCUUAUUCUUGCAAUUGGAAAGAGUGGGAAUUUAUGGGAUAGUAGGAUGGAACCUAGCUCAGAUCAAAAUCCGGUUGAAACAUCUGAUCUGAGUAAAGGAGCUAAACAGUUGAAAACUCAGGCAUCAGGUGCAAGCAAGGGAACCAACAAUGACAAACUGUAAAAUUGUUGGUGAAGUAAUAUUCAUCGGCUGCUUCGCUCUGUUCACCUUAUGACGUCAAUGUGCUCGACCUUUUUCUACAAAUGACAGGUGGCUUUUCUGGGACCAUACAACUACUUCACUGACUGUUGAAGAAUUCCCCAGUAUCUGAUUUUGACACUGGUGUGUCGAAUAAUUCCCCAGUAUCAGAUUUUGAGACUGGUGCGUGAAAGCAACAAAGGACAAAUAAAUUGGUAGGCAUUGCAUUGUAUCAUUGAGACAAAAUCCUCCUCGUGCUCGUAAUUGUAUUUGUAAUUCUGAUGCUGUAUUUCAUGUUUAAAUUGUACCCUUUCUGUAAACCCUGGCUUUUAGGAUUCAUGCGCACGCAUGGACUUCUGAAAAUAUAUGCUAUGAACAAGAAAGAAUAUUAUGCUGAUAGACUCACCCAACCCUUGAAGGUUGGAGUUUUGA